AUGUUCGAUUCCUUCCACUUCUUCGUACCCCUCGACGGCCGUGAGAAAGGCUCGGCAAAGGAUGGAGGAAGCAAGUCCUACCUUUUCAGGCCCUAUCUCCUCUACGGCCUGAAGUGUGAGGAGCUUCACGAGAAUUGGAAGCUCACACCUUACUCCCCUUGGAUCAACCCGAUCCGGAGAAGCAUCUUCCCCGUCACGCAGCUCCAUUGGCCACCUAGCCCCGCAAACAGCGGUGAUGUCUUCUGCUAUACCUGGCCUAAGGCAGACUUCAUCUUGUACAUCCCCCUGGCAAUGUUUUGGGUCGAUGCCGUAUUCACCGGUGGCUGCAUCUGGCCCAUCUGGUGGAAUAUCGGCAUCCUGAAGGAAACUCGAGGUGGAUUUGCUUAA